AUCAUUUUCAAUGUUUAUACUAUAAAUUUUUUUUCUGAUGUAAAAUUGUUACGAUUAUAAAUUUUGAAUAAUCAAAAAUCAAAUCAUUAUGGCACAACACAUGAACUCCGCCGUCGACGAAGACGCAGCCCUACUGCAAUUUCCCAAAGAAUUUGAAAAUGCUGAAACGUUACUCAUCUCUGAAGUAAGAAACACAAAUUAUAAAAGUUGUACUUGGUACCAAUAGAAUUUUAAUAUGAUCUUAGGUCAAUAUGUUGUUGAAAUUUCGCAAGAACCAAAAUGAAAGCGCCGAGGAAGAACAGGAAUUCUCAGAAGUAUUCAACAAAACGUUGACAUACACAGAACAGUGUUCCAAAUUUAAAAAUAAAGAAACUAUUGUUGCUGUGAGGAAUUUACUUGCUGGUAAGAAGUUACACAAGUUUGAAUUAGCAUCAAUCGGUAACUUAUGCCCACAACUUGCCGAUGAAGCCAAAUCACUUAUACCAAGCCUAGAAGGUAGAUUUGACGACGAUGAAUUACAACAAAUUCUUGAUGAUAUACAAGCUAAAUUAAGUAUUCAGUAUUAAUUUUAAUCAUAAUAAUAUAAUAGUAGUAAUAAUUUAUAAUUAUCUAUGAUUAUUUUUUUUAUCAAUCAAGUGAGAUUAACUAUUUAAGUGUAUUUUAUUUGUUACCUUAAAUAAAAAUAAAAAUUUAUCAAUAUCAAGUAAUUAAGUAAUAUUGGCAUGAUAAUUUACGAUGAUUAAAACAUGAUAAUAUGUACUUAUAUCUUUAUCUGACGUUUCAAUAAAAUAUUAUCAUUUAUUUAAUAAUCUUUUUAUUGAGAUUUAUGAAUAGAUACCUAUUUCAUAAACAUAAAAUAUUUUUAUAAG